UGAAAUCAUGGUGGAUUCGAUAUUUGAUAUUCUUGCAACUUGGAAUGAAAAGAAUUUGAAGAAUUUCCUGCAACAGCUACGGCAAUUCGAUGCAGUAUAUAAAAAUCCUAUGGUUUUUAAAGAAAGGCCAUUUUCUUGGUCUCUUUCCUUUGGGAUGAAAGACGUUCAGGAUAUUCUGAAAAAUGCUUUAAAGAAAAUGUUUCGACAUCCAAAUAAUCAAGUUUCAGAAACCAAGACGCAUGAUGUGCAAAACCGCCUACGAACUGGUAUUCUAAUAUUGGUCCUGUCUGACGAAUAUGGUCUUGAAUGGUCAAAUUCUGAACUGGCUAAAGUUUGUGAAUUUUUUAGUGUACAACAAUUAUCAGCAAAUAUCAUCACCGUGGAAUUCAAGACUCUUAAAGAAAGUUUCUAUUUUGAGAAGAAGAUUCCAACAAUACUAAAGCAGAUGAUGGUUAGAUGUAUCGGCAAAACAAUAACAGGAUUGGUGCAAGUGAUUCCUGUUCUGCAUUUAUUUGGUUUUUCAUCCAAUUUAGCGAGCCCAGUUUUUUUGGAUAAUAGUCAGACUGAAGACAGCUGGGCUGGACUUGAUGGGCUUCCUUUUAUUACUUUUAGGGAAAACAUUAAUGACAAAGUUCAAAGGGAGCUACUUGAACUCAUGUGCAAAAGUAAGCAUUUAAUGGAAGUAGAUCGACUUUUAGCUCGUUCUUGGUUUACCUUAUUGCCAUCAAAAGCUUUGCCAGAUUACUUGAUGACGAUUACACCUAAUCUGCUCGAUGUUCUGCAAGGAAUCAUUCAGAGAUGGAAGACUGGACCUAUUUCAAUAGAGGUUGCUGGUGAGCACUCUCAACGUGAGGAAGAUCCACGAAUGCCAAGCGCUGAAUUAACAAAGACUUUAACAACAACAAGAGAAUGGCUAAAGGCUGUCCUCAGUUCAAUACCACUAAAACAAAAAUUCAAUCAAGAUGAAUUUCAUGAAAAACCAAUGCAACAGAUAGAAAUCUACUGCCAAAAGAUUGAGGAGAUAAGAAAUUUGCCGCCUUUGAUUGCAGAAUGCCUUGAGAAGUGCGCACUUGAUGCUGUUUAUUUUAUAUGUCAGGACAAGUCUGAAGCUCAACUUUUAGAAAUAUUGAAGCGUUAUAAUUUGACCAAAUUUGGGAAAUUGGUGUCAACAAUAAUUGAAAAUUCAUGGGAAAAAGACUACAGUGGAAUGUUUUUGGAAGAUCCUGAUUCAGUUCUCAGGCAUUUACUUAACUGGUCAGCAGCAAAGACAAUUUUUCAGUUACUUGAUAGCAAAGUCACUGAACAGUUCUCAAAGCCAGUUAAAGAUUUGAUGGAAAUGGUGGUUCAAAUAUUCCGAGGUGUGAUGAGGGACCUUUUGGAUGGCUCUGUCAAAAUAAAACAUUUAGAGCGGAUCUUAAAGAAGAAGGACAACUUUAUAGCUUUGCAUGAGACAAAGCAAGAUGAAUCUUUCAAAGAAAUAAAUCUACGUCAGAUAUUGACUUGGCGACAAAAGGAAUUGGAUAGAUUCCGUGAAGAACGUAAUUGGGUGGAUAGUUUCUUGAAAAUGUGCCAUAAAAUUGAUGUACAUGUGAAAGUGGAAAUCGAUGAACUUAAAAAUUUGUUUGAUCAUGAUGUUCGGGAAAUGAAGCUGAAUGAAGUUGUGACGAUAGAGCAGAUUGGUGCUCAGUAUAUUGAACCAUACAUCCCUAUGGUUAGUUAUUUCUCCUUAAGUGAAGAGAUAAAACAAAUGGCAAGUGCCAUUGACCGCUUCAAAGACAGCUACAUUUUACAAAUGUGCUGGGAAAAAGAGGCACAACAUAUCUAUGUUAGCAAUGAACAACAGAACAAACCACUUGAAGAAGUGUACAAGUCUCUUGAAGAAGCUUGUACCAUGAUUUGGAAUCCGUGUUUUGACCAGUAUAAGGACAUUUUUGUAAAAAUAAAGGAGGGCAGUCUUACUUUUGCAGAGGUUGAUAACAUUUUUAAAGACUAUCGUGAUCAAUAUGAAAAACUGAGAAGUGAUUUAAAGAUUAUGUGUAGAAUAGACGGCAAUACUAAGGCCAAAUGGAUAGAAGAGCGAAUCCGACAAAUUAAGGAAUACCACCAACUACACUUGGCUGUUGAAUCUGCCCAAAUAAUUGCAAAAGUGAAGAGUGUUCUUAACCUUACUGGAAACUUCACUGUUCUGGAAACAUUACUAAAUGUGACGAAUGAAUCCUAUAGGGAUAAAAGUCUGCACUAUAUAAAUGAGCACCUUAUACAAGCCAAGAACCGUCUUGUGGAAAUAACAAAACCUCGGAGGAAAGCUUUGAAAGAGCUUACUCAAAGAUGCCAGUUUUUGCAAUGGGUCAAAGAGGCUUUGAAAGAUGUAACUGAGUUGAAAGUGUUUGUGGACCUGGCUUCAAUCUCAGCUGGUGAAAAUGAUCUUGAUAUCGAUCGUGUGGCUUGCUUUCAUGAUGCUGUAUUGGGCUACUCAUCAUUGCUGUUUGAAAUAAAGCCACAAGCUGGAUUUGAUGACUUCAUACAUUGUGUACAGAAAUUGUGGAAUGCUUUAGAUAAUGACCCGGAUCUUACCAAGAAGCUGCAAGAUUCAGCUCGGCAUUUGGAAUGGCUGAAAACUGUGAAGGAAAGCCAUGGGUCUAUAGAACAAUCAUCACUUUCAUUGGCUUCAGCUAUAAACAGCAGUGGAAUUUAUGUAAUCGAUUCUCAAGGGAAAAACAAGCUUUCUUUGGGUUCAGCAAUCAUAUUAAAACUGCCAGAAGCUCAUGGUGACAAUGAAGAAAUACGAAGUUACACUCUUGAAGACCUAAAAGAACUGCAGAAUAAACUCAUGCUGAUGUCAGUCAAGGGAGAUCAUGGCCAGAAUGAAGUAGACAGAUUCGUAGAGGUAUUUGCCAAUGUCCAAAGACUUGCAACGUCAUUCAUCAGUCUGUUUUCUGCUGGCAACAUGCUCUUUAGGAACUGGAAAAUAGAAGUGUAUUGUUCAAGGACGUGUGAGGCUUGCUUGAUAAUAGAUUUCAAUCUAAAGGAAGUGCGUAUUAUUAAAGCUGUUGGAAAAGUCACCGAACAACUUCCCAUUCUUUGUAAAAAGAUGGAAGCCUAUCUGGAAGUAUGGAAGCAGUAUAUGGAUAAGCAAAGGUCCCAGUACUAUUAUUUAAACUUCUACACAGCUGAACAAAUUGUUUACCUCAGUACCCAAUUAUUUAAUCGCAGCUGUACCAGACUGGAUGUUCUGAUGAUGUUGUCAUUCAUUAAACCCAACUGUACUGCCGGCGACCUAGAAGUAGCUCAACAGAAACUUUUUGAUGGAGAUACAAGCAUAGGACAUCGCCCAUUAUGUGACAAGAAGAGUUGUGUCCAACCUUUUAUGAUGAGACAAGUAGAUAUUCAAGACAUAGCCAUGGAAGAAACAAUGGAUUUGGUGUGGAAGCAGUAUAUGGAAAACAUGACUUAUUUCCUGUCCAACUGUCUUGAUGUCAGCACCCUUGGUAAACUUCUUGAAAAUGUUGCUGACAUGAAACAAACUGUUGCAAGGACAAUUCCACCUGGCUUUCAGACAGGUCAUCCUAACCUUGUUGUUUGUCCGCAUUCUGAACUGCUUACAUCUGCUUUAUGCAUUUACAUGCACUCCAGUAAUCAGCCAUUGCCUACUUACGAUGAAGUACUUAUUUGCACAGCUGAUACCACAAAUGAACAAGUAGAGCUUUUCCUGAGACGGUGCCUGACUUCUGGCUGCACACAUUCCAAGAUCUAUUCUCUACUGUAUGCAGAUGAGCUAUCAUAUGAUGUUAGUGUAAGGUUUGAAGAAUUGUUCAAAAAUCUGGAGUUGAAAAGUCAGUCAGAUCAAUAUAAAUUGGUGAUAUUGUGCAAUAGUGAGAGGGAACACUGCUACAUUCCAACAGCGUUGAGUCGACACAAGGUGCACAUGAUUCCGCAACAACCUUUAAAGGAAAUCCAGAGUUAUCUCGAAAAUCAUUACAGAGUUUCAACUAAUUCAUCAGCGGCUACUGUCUUUAGAGAUGGAAUGUUUGUGAGGAUCAUAUCUUCAAACAGAGCUGGUGUUGAAUCAUCAAAUAAAAACCAGCCUUUGAUAUUUCACUUUGAUAUCGCAUCUACUGUACAGAAAGGAUUAUGUGAAUUUCUUUUCAAACUAUUUAUCCUACAAUAUUUAAUGGGCACCGAUGAAAAGAUGUGGAAGUGCAGUCAAAGACAUUUGUACGUUGUGGAAAUGCUUAAGGGAUCUGGAUUUCUUCCCAGGAUGCGAGCAAGACAUAGUGCACAGGUGGCAAGUUACAAUUUUCUAGAUGUCUUCCCAAAAGUGUACUGUAGACCACCAAAAGAAGUACUUGAAGAAGAAGUACGAAAGUCCGAAACUCAGUCGUGGAAUGGGAAUGAUAUUGAUCCUCUCAUGGAUGAGAAAGAAUUUCGAAGUGAAUCAUUUCAAAGACCUUAUCAGUAUCUCAGAAAAUUUAAAAACAGACAGACCUUGGAUACCUUUAUUUACCAAGGAACUGUUGAAGGCAACCAUGUUGAAUGCUUACAGUUGUUUCUAAUCUAUUCUGGGGUAAUGGAUCCUUCCUGGUCUGAGUUACGGAAUUUUGCCUGGUUUCUUAACCUGCAGUUGAAGGACUGUGAAACGUCUGUGUUUUGUAACUUUGAUUUCAUCCAAGAUACUCUACAAGGCUUUAAAGAUUUUGUUGUCAACUUCAUGAUUUUGAUGGCAAAAGAUUUUGCCACACCAUCCCUUAACAUCUCAGACCAGAGCCCAGGAAUUCCAGUUUCAAACUUAAAUGGUGCUUCAGAAGAAGACAUUGCACCAUUUCUUUUGAGAAAAAAGUGGGAAUCCGAGCCACAUCCUUACAUUUUCUUUAAUGAUGAUCACAUAUCUAUGACUUUCAUUGGUUUUCAUCUCCAACAAAAUGGGCAAGGUGGCAUUGAUGCUGUUGACCCAUCAAAUGGCAAUAUUAUUAAACCAAAUGUAAUGACCCGUCAGCUAUAUCAAGGUUUGCUGCUACAAAAAGUCCCGUUCAACAUUAAUUUUGAUGAGCUUCCACGGAGUGAAAAGAUUGAGAGGCUUUGCAUGGUACUGGGCAUUGAGUGGCCAAUCGAUCCCGAUGAAACCUACGAGUUGACCACAGACAAUAUUUUAAAAAUUCUUGCCAUUCACAUGAGAUUCAGGUGUGACAUUCCUGUGAUCAUUAUGGGAGAGACUGGGUGUGGUAAAACAAGGCUGAUCAAAUUCUUGUGUGAGUUACGGAAAAUUGGUGCUGACACAGAGAACAUGAAGCUAGUGAAAGUGCAUGGUGGAACAACUGCAGAUGUAAUCUACGCAAAAAUUAAAGAAGCAGAAGCCCUUGCAAUAUACAAUAAGCAGGAGUUUAAUUUAGACACCAUCCUCUUUUUUGAUGAAGCCAAUACAAGUGAAGCUGUUAGCUGCAUUAAGGAAGUUGUUUGUGACCAUAUGAUUGAAGGCGUUCCUUUAAGUCCCAAUACAGGCUUGCAGAUAAUUGCAGCAUGCAAUCCUUACAGAAAACACACAGAUGAAAUGGUAAAGCGUUUGGAGUCAGCUGGGUUAGGCUACCGUGUCCGAGCAGAUGAAACUGAAGAUAAAUUGGGAUGCAUUCCUUUGAGGCAACUUGUCUAUCGUGUGCAAGCUUUGCCUCCUAGUAUGAUACCAUUAGUGUGGGAUUUCGGGCAACUUGAUGAUCUCACUGAGAAGAUGUACAUCCAGCAAAUUGUCCAAAGGUUGACUCAGUCCAUUUCAGUUUCCUCUCUCAAUAUUAAAUGCAUGGUGGAUACUUUGUCAGCUUCACAAAAUUUCAUGAGAUGUCAGCAAGACGAGUGCAGUUUUGUAAGUCUUCGAGAUGUGGAGAGAUGUAUGAAAGUGUUUGUUUGGUUUUACAACAAUCGCAACAUGCUAUUGGACAAUUUGGAACAAUUUCUACAAGAUGUUGGCAAUAAGGAGGUAUCCAUUCCAUCAAGUGAUGACAACUGGCCUUUUGUGUUGGCACUUGGAGUUUGUUAUCAUGCAUGUUUGGAAAAGAAGGAUGUUUAUCGUAGGGCUAUCUGCCAUCAUCUGCCUUCACCAUAUGAUGAUCCUUCCAAAUUUUCACAGCAACUUGAGCUCUUCCAAGAUCUUUUACUAAGUGGUGCACCCCUGCGAGAAACAAUUGCCAGGAACUCUGCAUUAAAGGAGAACGUUUUCAUGAUGGUCAUUUGCAUUGAACUUAAAAUCCCUCUUUUCUUGGUUGGAAAGCCUGGCAGCUCCAAAUCUCUUGCAAAAACAAUUGUAGCAGAUGCUAUGCAGGGCAAAUCAGCACAUUCUGAAUUAUAUAAAAAACUAAAGCAGAUCCAUUUAGUGUCUUUCCAGUGUAGUCCUCAUUCCACCUCUGAAGGAAUAAUUAAUACAUUUAAGCAGUGUGCACGCUUCCAAGAAGGGAAGAACCUAGAUGAAUAUGUUUCUGUUGUGGUCUUGGAUGAAAUUGGUCUUGCAGAAGAUUCACCAAAAAUGCCACUAAAAGCUCUUCAUCCACUCUUAGAAGAUGGAUGCAUUGACGAUGACCCUGUUAAACAUAAAAAAGUAGGUUUCAUUGGAAUAUCCAACUGGGCUCUAGAUCCUGCUAAAAUGAACAGAGGGAUUUUUGUAUCGCGAGGGGAUCCUGACAAAGAAGAAUUGAUUGUAAGUGCCAAAGGAAUCAGUUCUUCUGAUCCUAUGAUACAAAAAAAAGUGAAAGGGUCAUUUGUGAACUUUGCAAACGCUUAUCUAAAAAUUUGUAAACAACAAGCUAAAGAGUUUUUUGGACUACGUGACUAUUAUAGUUUAAUAAAAAUGGUCUUUUCACUAUCGAAAACCUCCAAAUCAGAACCAACCCCAGAGCAGUUAGCCAAGAUUGUGCUGCGUAACUUUAGUGGAAGCGAUGAUGUUAAUGUUAUGGAUGUUUUCAAGCCUGUACUUGGGAAUAUUUCUCAUGACAGCAUCAACACGUUGGAUCUGAUCAAAUGCAACAUAUAUGCUGCAGAUUCUGAUGAUAUGGAGUGUCGGUACCUUCUUAUUCUUACCAAAAAUUUUGCAGCUCUUCAAAUUCUUCAGCAAAUGUUUUUUGCCAAUCAACAUCAGCCUGAGAUAAUCUUUGGGUCUAGUUUUCCAAAAGAUCAAGAUUAUACUCAGAUUUGCAGAAACAUCAACCGUGUUAAGAUUUGCAUGGAAACUGGGCAAAUGGUAGUUCUGUUAAAUCUGCAGAAUCUUUAUGAAAGUCUUUACGAUGCAUUGAAUCAAUAUUACGUGUACCUUGGAGGACAGAAAUAUGUGGAUUUAGGAUUGGGGACUCACAGAGUCAAAUGCAGAGUCCAUCCAAAGUUCAGACUGAUCGUUAUAGAGGAGAAGGAAGUAGUCUACAGAGAGUUUCCAAUUCCACUGAUCAAUAGACUUGAGAAGCAUUAUCUUGAUAUUAACACAGUCCUUGACAGAGAGCAAAGAAGUACUGCAAACUGCAUGGAAAAGUGGGUGCAGAGGUUCACAGCAGCCAGAUCCCAAAAUGUUUCAACCCAUGGCAGGGAACAGAAAUAUGGUCCAUCGGAUGUGUUUGUUGGCUAUCACUCUGACACAUGUGCAGCUGUUGUUUUAAAAAUAACACAAAGCUUGAAGCAGACUCAAAGAUCUUGGGAAGAUGUUCUCAAUGAAGCACAAUGGGUGCUACUGAAUUGUGCCACCCCAGAUUCCGUGGUUCGUUUAACUAAUUCUAAACUUCCUGCACACGAGGCUGAUGUGGUUGUGCAGAAAUACUUUGAAGAACAACAUCACGAUUCUCUUGCCGAUUUCAUCCAUUCUCAUAUCAAAUCUGGAGUUCAGACCUGCGCAGUUUUCACCGAGGUUACAACAUAUUCACGGCUUCUAACUGCUUCUGACAUUGAAUUCUUGCAAAGAGAAAUAAGUGGCAGUGUUCAGAAUAUCUUCCUUUGCUCACUACAGCAGUUUGAAACGGAGCAUUCAUUUCUGAAGAAAAUAAGGCACUGCAUCUAUUCUAGCCAGGGAAACACAAUCUUGCUUAUACAAACGGAUUUUGAAAACAGUUUACAGAGUGCAAAUUUGGUUGCUUCUGCCAAGUAUUCCACUUUAAAUGAAAUCAACAAAAGCAAAAGUGACAAUCGAACAGUCUACAUUUAUUUUCUCACUAAAUUGCCAAGAAUAGAAGGUGGAUCAGCAUACAUAGGAUUCCAUGGAGACCCAUGGCAGUCAGUUCAUAUUGAUGACCUUCGGAAAUCGAAAGACAUGUUUACAGAUCUGACAGCUUUCAAAGGGAUUACUAUUAGCCAGCUUUUCGGCAGAGACCCAGGGGAGCCUGAACCAAUAUCUGUUUGUAUUUCAGCCAUGAUUGUUGAUCAGGAGGAAGAGAUUCUUGAUAAAACAAAGAUACUGGAUACAACUUCCCUCAUAAGGAAUUGUGUGCAGUCUGCUGUUAGCAUGCUGAGAGAUCUUCAUCGGAGUUCAAGUCGCAGCACCACACGAGUUGAAAUCCUGCUUUCUCUGUUAAGAGAAGAUGUUGAAUUCAAAGCUUCAUUCCUGGCAUUGAUGAAGCAAAGGUUGCACUCCCUUCUGGUGAAACGUGAUGAGGAGUCUUUCAGUGCAACUGAGUGGAUGCUACGGGAAGCCUCAAAUGUUGAAGCCCUUCAGGAAGGUGGCACUUUCAGACACACACUUUGGAAGCGAAUUCAAACAGUAGUAACACCUCUUCUGGCACAGAUAAUCUCUGUUAUAGACCGAGACUGUAACUUAAAUUUGUUACGUGAUGAUACUCCUUUAUUUGUACGAAAUCUAUGGAUGAACAUUUUUAAUGACGCAAAUCUCUUGGAGCUUCCUUACAACAGAACUAUCUUCAGUUUGGAAUCUGAAAUUGUUGUCCACAAUUAUAUGAAGAUGGACGUACUAAAUAUUGGCAAUGAGCUUCCUUUCAGUUGGAGAAUAAAGGAGUUUCUGGAUGAGCUAUGGAUUCAAGCCCAAUACAUGGAAGGACAAGUUGAACCAAAGCUGAAUGAAAUAUUUAACAAAACUGGAUUUGGAAAGUACUUUUCAAAUGUGAAUGAAGAAUGGAGACAGAACUUUUUCUUCAGGUACUUGGCUGAUUUCCUGCUGAUGACAAUGAAAAUCUCAACUGAAGUUGAAUUUGAGUUCCUUCAAGGAGCACUGAUCUCCUGCAUAAAUCAGCUGAAAAUAGAACAUAAUAUUGGAGACGAAAUGUCUUUGCUUUGGGUGCACGUUGCAUAUCAACAUUUCAAAAACCGUCUGCAGAACUUUUCAAGAAUUAUUGUAGUGAAUCCUUCUGUUCUGACAUUGCUACAGAAGAUCAAAGAUAAAAUACAGAAGGCUGAAGACAAAGAGAUGGUCAUAGAUAUUUAUGCAGCAGCUGCCUGUGUUGAUCUGCUGGAAUUUGAACACACUAAAUUGUCAUAUCCGGCCUGGCUGCAGAUGGUGAACACUCUGCAAAUGCCCAUUGAGUUGGUCUGCACAGAAGUCUUAUCACAAUGUGAAGGAAGGAAAUCUUCCAUUAUGCAUUAUGUCCAAUCUGGGUGGCGGAGAAUAUUUUCAUUGUCACUUUUCGUGGAGCAUCUCAUUUUGGGAGUUGAUGAAAUACAUAGUAAAUUGCAGAACAUGGUUGUAAUCUACGCUGUUCGACUUGCAAAGAGUCUGAACAGUAACUCUGAUUUGAGAUUGCAAGAUCCCUUUCAGGCUGUGAUUACGAUCCUAAGGGAAUGCAAACGUGAUGCAGGAUGUCUGUUUUUCAGAUACGGUCUGCAAGAAUGUUCAGUUUGCUUUGGAGAACUCAACAAUCCUGUAUUGCUUCCAUGCGAUCAUCUUUACUGCUUAAACUGCAUUAAGCAGUGGUUCGCAUCAGGAGAUGUAUACUGCCCAUGUUGCCGCACUGCUGUGGCUAAUGAUUAUGUACCAGAGGCGUCCGAAGAAAUAAGUGAAGCUGUUUCAAAAGUAAUCCUAUUUUGCAAGAGGUGUGAUGCAUUUUUCAUAGCUUUGGUUUCCAUGGUCUGCUUCAAAGAUAACUCACCACCAACAAAAGAAGUGGUUCACGAUCUACUGUCUCUGCUACUUUUUCUAAAAAAGGCAGAUCCCAGCGUCUCAGACAAAGACUGUUCGUAUGCUACGAGACGUCUUUCACCAUUUGUUGAGGCCGCUGAUCAAAAUCCUGUUGUCCGUUCCAUUGUUCUUAAACUACUGUUGAAAUACAGUUUUGAUGACAUUAAAAAUUACCUGCAGGAUUAUCUAUCUGCAUUUCAAAACACAAAAAUAUUUCAAGAAAGUGAGACUGAACUCUAUGCAUUGUUUCUGAAUUGUUUGGAGGAUUCAAUUUACGAAAAAUCUCAGUGGUGUACAGUGCAAGAAAAAAUUGCAUAUCUAGCCCAAGAGGGUGAAUUCCUUCAGAUGUACAUUCAACAUAAGAGGAAACAGAUGACAAUAGAAAAGCUACAGAUAAUUGCCCGGAUUCGCCUCUGUUUUGACACUGCUUCCCAGCUACUUUGUGAAUCGUGUGACACACUUGAUCAGGAUUCAAAAUAUGCACGUGCAAAAGAAACUUUCCUACAUUGCAUUAAGAGUGUGAUUCUCAAUCGAGGAAAUGAUUGGUUCAAAAUUUAUCUUGUGCGAAAGUUGUGUAGUCUAAAUGGAAUAGAGUUCGUCCAGGAGCUCAUAAUGAAUGACCAAUUUUCAUGGAUCUUUCCCAAGGAAGUUUUACAAAGGAGAGAGAGUACUGGACAAAUUGAUCGUUACAUUGCAUGUGGCAAAAAUUAUCAAACGCUUCGUGAUGCUUUAUUCAAAUCCUUUGUUUCGAGUGAGCCUAAAAGUAUUGAAGAAGCUAAAAAGGUUUGCAAAUGCUCUUCCAAAGAGAAAGGUGCUCAUAUGACCCUCGCAAUAUUCCGGGAAUUCACUAUUCUGUACGCAUCAAGCAAACCAAGCGACCAUCCAAACAAAGAUCAAUGUGACUUUAUUGCGAAGUACAUUGAGGAAGAAAAUGUUUUUCACUCUCCCAUGUGUAAGAAGUUUGCCAUCAGAUUACUCAAGAAUGACAUUCCUGGACUUGAGAUUAAUCCAGGGCUAAAUAGCCAGGAGAGGACGAUUAUCGAGAUAAUCAUUCAUGCAGCAGCUGUCAUCUUGUUCAGUGAGGAAAAUAGCAUCCUGACUCCACUCCAGCAUCUAUCUUUCCAACCUGCUCUUAUGGUGAAUACGUUCCUACCCACAAUGCCUGAAGAUAUAAGCAUUGAAGCUAGAGGAUGGGCUGCUUUACAGAAUCAUACCUGGUAUCAAUGCCCAAAUGGACAUCCUUGCCUUGUAGGAGAGUGUGGUCGACCUGUGGAAGUAGCCCGUUGUCCUGAAUGCAAAGCUGUAGUUGGAGGACAGAAUCACAUUCCUGUUAGUGGAUUUACUCCAGCUGCUAUCUUGUUUUUUUACCCACCAAUUUAUCUGGUAUUUAGGAUGGACAAAACACAAACGGGACACAUCUUAGGUGAUCCCAGGAAAAGAGAAACAAUCGUUGCUCCUGACAGACAAAUGUCCUUGGUGUCAUUUUUACUUGUGCGUCUGAUGACACAUGUGGCUAUGUUUAUAGGAACUAUGGAGGAUGUCAAGUCAAUAGAACAAAUUAUAAAACCACAAGUUCAAAAUCCAAGGGACUUUCUCUGGUGUCAUAUCAAGAAAGACAUAGAACAGCUCAGGAAUUCACUGGCAAAGACUAUCGAUGAAACGGCAAUAGUUGUUCAUCUCUUUCUCCGCCAACUCAUUCAUCAAAAGAAGCUCCCUACAUUACCAGACCUGUCCACCAAGGUACAAAGGGAAAAUUGGGAGAAGUCUAUUUCAAAAGAGGUGAUAACUCCUGCAGUGGAGAAUCUGGACAGGAAACUUGUGGAUAUUAACAGCCAGAUAAGUCAAGAUAAAAGAAGUUGUUCAGAUUCUAUUGUCCAAAUUGUGUACAGUGACCCCCAAACAUUCCUUACAUUACCUAAAGAGGAUGCCUUGUAUUGCUCUACUAUAUGGGCUUGUAGAAAGAGAAUUUCUCCUGAACAUUUGAGACAUAUGAUGGAGAAUAGGGAAGAGAAAGAAAAUGUGCCCAUCCUGCAGACAUUUCUACAAAAGGAAGUACAGUUAAGGUUGGUGAAGUACCUGCCAGAAUUACUGGCGCUUCAGAAUGACUUGACAAAACUAUUUCAGAAUACAACAGAGGUACCGAAGCGAUCCGCUUCUGAUUUUCUUCAAACCAUCAGCUCUGAACCAGUAAGGAGUACAUUUACAUCCCGAAUCUCAUGCUUUAUCUCUGUGUGGAACCAGCUUCGAACGUUCCUCAUUACUAAUGGUGAAUUUAAGAUUCCGGAAGAGUUUGGUGCUUCGGAUUUGGACAUGCAAAACUGCCAACUUGAGGUUCUGCUCCCUCGACGCCAAGGUCUUGGCUUGUGCUCUACUGCACUAGUUAGCUACCUCAUAGCUCUUCAGAAUGACUUCGUAUAUACAGUGGAGAAGUAUACUAUUGAAUCUACUCCAUACUCAAUCAGUCCACAGGAUGUAUCCGACUUGCACGUAAUCAGAUAUGAGGUUGGAAAGGACAUAAUUCCUCUCCUCUUGUCCAACUGUCAAUAUACAAUGGAAAAAGGAAGCGAAAUUGUGAUCGAGUAUGACUUCAAGAGAAUUGAACAGCAAUUGACCAACAGAUUCUUAAAAGGAAAACCACUUAUUAGUUUAAAGGGAAUACCUACGCUGAUUUACAGACAAGACAGAAAUUAUGGAAUUAUCUUUCAUGAUAUCCAAAACAGAAUUCCUCAGGAAUCACUGCCAAUCUCUGUUAUUAAUGUCAUAAGUGGUGAACUUCAGUCAUACAGUGAAGUAUGCGAAGCAUUCACUGCUGUGGAAGUCACUUCAGGAUUUUUGGCCAUGUCAGGAGGAGACCCUGAUCUAAAACUGGAUGUUUACUUGAAGGAUGUAUUGCAAAUGGAAGCUCAGACCUCACCUCAUGUAAUGGAAACAUUGAGAAGAUGCAACUUGAAGCACAUCCAAGCACUCUGGCAACUCCUCUCUUCAAGAAAAUCCGAAUGUUCACUUAUUUUGAAUAGGGAUCCUUUCUCAGGGAUUAAAAAUGAAUAUAAAGAGCACCUCAGUGAGGAAGUAAAGAAACAAUUACGCCCCUUCUUUGUCCAAGCAAGUGUUGAUACUUUCAUACUGGAAUUGCACGAGUUGCUGACUCUGAAAUGUAAAAACGUUCAAUCACCAGACUCUUUCAACCCAACUUGGAGUCUGAAAAUGUCGCUAGGAUCUUUUAUGGAUGUGAAGGAAGUGGACAAUCUGCCAGAACUUGAAGACAUUUUCCCAGAAACAAUUUUGAUGUCACAGAGUGUGGAAACCUGGAAAGCAGCCGUGGCUUUCAAACGGGAACAGUUACAGUUUACAAGAUAAAUCUUAAGAGCUAAAAGCUUUGUCUCUCAGUAAUGAUAGUUUAACUCUACUUUUUAAAAAUGGGACCAUU